AUGGGAAAUUGCAAUAAAAAAGGCAAGCCAUCCAGACCAUCUGUAAGAGAUCCCAUAAAUAUUAGAGGCGAUAAAGAAAACAAAGUUUCAUAUGCUAAGGUCGUUUUAAUCGGAAAUUCAGGAGUCGGGAAGACAUCAAUAGCUUAGAGAUUUAUUGAAGGCAAAUUCGAUGAAAAUAAUAAGAAUACUGUUGGAGCGUCUUACUUCCAGAAAAAUAUUUCCUUCAAGGACGGAAGUUCAUUGUGUCUCUAUAUAUGGGACACAGCAGGAGGUGAAAAGUUCUAAGCAUUGGCACCUCUCUAUUACAGAGUAAAAUCCAAAUAUAUAAUUAACAUUUUUUAGAACGCUCAUGCAGCUGUUGUUUGUUACUCAGUUACUGACGAUGAUAGUCUUAAGUAGAUUGAUACCUGGUUGAAUAAACUUGACGAGCAUGGAAAUAUAGCAAAAAUGAUUAAGGUUGUGGUUGGGAACAAGAGUGAUGUUGACAAAAGCGAGAGAAGAGUUGACUUAAAAGAAGGAAAAUUAUUCGCUUAGCAAAGAGACUUACCAUUUUUUGAAACAUCUGCCCUCCUGAAUGACGGAAGCAUUGAUGAAUUAUUUCAAAAACUGGCAUCGCAAAUCAAGCAGAGCUUUACCAAGGAAGAGCUACAUGCUACGGUCUGA